AUGUCAGCUUACAACUGCUCUUUUGAUCUUAUUAAUGAAAAAGGAGAGUGGCUUUGUCCUCCCGGAGGAAAGUGUGACAAUGUGACCUCAGGCAUGAACGGCAGCCACAUUGAACUGGAUGAUGCUUGUCUGACAGAGGAAGUGUACCUGGAGAAGUAUCUGGGUCCUCGUCGAUCAUCUGUGUUCCUCCCCGUCUGCCUCGUCUAUCUGGCCAUCUUCUUGGUCGGCGUCGUGGGGAACGUGCUGACGUGCACCGUCAUCGCGCGCAACAAGGUCAUGUGGACGCCGACAAACUACUACUUGUUCAGCUUGGCGGUGUCGGACCUGCUGGUGCUAUUGCUCGGCAUGCCGUUGGAGCUGUACGAGCUGUGGCAAAACUACCCGUUUCUCCUGGGGAAGGGAGGCUGCUACUUCAAAACCUUCUUGUUCGAGACCGUCUGCUUGGCGUCCAUCCUCAACGUGACGGCGCUCAGCGUCGAACGCUACAUUGCCGUAGUGCACCCGCUUCGAGCAAAGUACGUUGUGACGCGCACCCACGCCAAGCGGGUCAUCCUCACGGUGUGGGGUGUGUCGGUGCUGUGUGCUGUGCCCAACACCAGUCUGCAUGGGAUCUACAUCCUUCACAGUCACUCCACUGGCCCUGCUGGAGACGUACACGUUGAGAUUCCCAACUCGGCCAUCUGCACGCUGGUGAAGCCGCGCUGGAUGUACAACCUGACCAUACAGGUGACCACCUUGCUCUUUUUCAUUCUGCCCAUGCUCACAAUCACCGUCCUCUACCUGCUCAUCGGCCUUCAGCUGAAGCGAGAAAAGCUGCGCCAGGCACUGGAGGCGAAGUCGGACUUUGGAAAGGACAGCUUCUGUAACAUCCGGACGCAGCAGCAGAAGGCACGUCGCCGGCAGGUCACCAAAAUGUUGUUUGUUCUAGUCGUGGUUUUUGGAAUCUGCUGGGCGCCGUUUCACACCGACCGCCUCAUGUGGAGUUUCAUCAGCGACUGGACCGACAAUCACCUGGAAAUCUUCGAGUACGUGCACAUCAUCUCCGGGGUGUUUUUCUAUCUCAGCUCAGCGGUGAACCCGAUCCUGUACAACCUCAUGUCCACGCGCUUUCGAGAAAUGUUCAAGGAAGUGAUGUGCCACCGGCCGCAUCACAUCACUCCCAGAAAACACUCGCUCAGUGUCACCCGGGUGACACUUCGCAGCACCCUGAGUGAUGCGCCGCUCAGCAACGGAGCGGCUGUUGUCGAAGCCGAGGUAGAAGAUGGAGAGGUGAGGGUGAAAGAUGAGACCAGUUUUACAUGUUAA